AGUCAGGCUGGAAGAAAAUAAAAAUCCAAUCGCGUUUUUGCACUGUAAUUUCCAUUCAUUUUAUCCACGGUCAUUGAUUAGUUUCUGAAAAAUCAGUUUUUGAUUGAAGUGUGGUUGGAACAAGUGAAACUCCAUCCAAGGAUCUACCGCAUUUGGGAAAGGCAAUUUUUCCAUCGAAAAAGGGGCAGAUCCCAAAUGUGUGCUGCUACUUCUGCUGCUUCGCUGGUGGUUACUGUAAUUGUAAGAGGGAGGUGCUGCUGAGAGGACAGAAGAAAGGAAAAACACGGAGCGCUGCUUGCAGCGGAAAAGGAUUUUUCUUCAUCAGAUAAAGCAAUUCAGUGGAUCGAGGAAGUUCUUUGCGAGAAAGCGAACCGUUAUUAGAACGUCGAGAUGAGUCGAAAAAAUGAAACGGAACGGCAGAAGCAGAUACAGGAGAAAUGUCAGAUGCUGCUGACGAAGAUGCUGCGGGAUGACGACAACAAAUACUGCGUGGACUGUGACGCCAAGGGACCCCGCUGGGCCUCGUGGAAUCUGGGAGUGUUCUUGUGCAUACGAUGUGCCGGCAUCCACCGCAAUCUGGGGGUGCAUAUCUCCCGGGUCAAGUCGGUGAACUUGGACAGCUGGACACCGGAGCAAGUGGUUUCCUUAGAGCAGAUGGGCAAUUCUCGCGCCAGAGCCGUGUACGAGGCACUUUUACCGGAUGGAUUCCGUCGACCGCAGACCGAUUCCGCACUGGAAAGUUUCAUCCGCGCCAAGUAUGAACAUAAAAAGUAUCUGGCUCGGGAAUGGGUGCCACCUCCGCCGCCGAAAGUAGACUGGGACAAGGAAAUCGACGAGGAGAUUGAACGACAGAAGCGUAAAAAGAAGGCUGCCUCCAGUGGAGGAACCAUUUCGAUCGGCACACCUGCUUCUUUGGUUAGUUCUUCGGAUAAAAAGAGUAUAAGCAGUUCGGCAUCGGCGACUGCUGUUCCUCUUCCAAAACUGAAAGCUCCGGCCAGUAGUACCAAGACUUCAAAUAGGAAUUCGACUGAGGCGGCAACAAAUUCUGCUGCUGUUGUGAGCAGCAGUCAGGGAUCGUCGGAUUUGCUUGGCUUGACGUUGGGAGGAGAUGUGACACCCAAAAAGACGAACGGCGAGAGCACAUUGGACAUCCUGUCGAGUGGGUCCGAUCGGCCAAGUGAGAAAGCCGCUGGCGGCGAUGAAUUCUCCAAUUUGGCCAAGGAGGAGGCCGACUUCUUCAACCAGGCCCCAAGUAAAGGAUUCGAUGCGCAAGGGAAACUGACAAAGGAUAAGAUUAUGGCAUUGUACGGUUCGGCUCCGACGACGAUGGUGAAUAACAACUUUGGUGCUGCGUUUGGCAAUUUCAACAGCUUUCAGCCAAAUGCCUUUCCUCCGGCACCAAAUGCUGCGGUGAAUCCCUAUCAUAUGAACAAUGGCCAGUCAGCUGCGGCAUCCGGUGGUUUCGGUGCUUUCCAAGCUUUCCCUGUGACCAAUGGGCAGUUUAUGGUUCCGGCGGCAGCGGCGGCUAAUCCACAAGCUGCCAACCUUAUGUACAACAAUGGACCAUUCCAAACAGCUACUGUGGCUGCGACGCAAUCUCAGCCAGCAUUCGGUGCAAUACAGUUCCCCAAUCCCCUGCAAAGUCAACAGCAACAGGUCCCGGCCUCCGGGGGCUUCGUCGGUAUGACCGCGCCUGUUGCUACCUUUGCCAACUUCCCCCCGCAGACUCAGCAACCCGACAAGCUAAGCAAUCAAUUCGGUAAUAUGAACCUACGAGACGUGUGGCAAUAAUUUCCAUUACUUAGCAAAAAUGCUACCAACUAAGUUCUGAAAUACUUAUUACAUCCAAACACCCACAGACAAAAACACACAUACUCCUUAAGGGCAAACGCGCUGUGCUAGUGAAAACGAAACCCAUGAAUCACUUACUUAGACGAAGGAAUAACGAAUCCUACCUUAAACAGAAGAAAAAAACUGAGGAGACAAGAGAAUGAAAUAUAUUUACUUAUAUAUUUUAAUACUUAAGUAGGAGAAACACUACAGACAUGGGAAAAGUCACAGAAACAGGAAAUUGCAGACUGUAGACAAAUUCAAGCAGUAUGAAAAAAAAAUGGAAGAAAUAUAAAUGAGGCAUGAAAAAUUCAUCUGAUUAAUCAUGAGUCGUUUAUCUCGCUACCGGCAAACAAUUUCAUAAUCAUACAUAUUGUGUAUUAAGGGUGUGACAGUGUAAACUCGCAGCCAGUAUUCCAUCUACAAAUGAAGGAGAAUUCUGUGUCUACGCACUCUGCAUCCUCCCCACAGGCGACAAGCAAAAGCGGCCGUCCUUGUUUCAUCGGUAUUGACUUUCAAACAUUCUUGCUAGGUUUUUUACACGUUAGAGCUAUAUAUUGACGGGUUAGCACAGGAAAAAAAAACAUUUAUGAAACAAGUGUACCACAGCAUGAUAUCAAACAAUCAAUCCUUAAACUGAAACAAAAGAAGAACAAAACUCAUAUUACAGGAAACCAACAGAACCAACCCUGACAUCGCUGGGGAGUGACACACUAGCGGAAUGAGCUUAGAAGCACCCUGGAUUAGGUACGACCCAUCUUUCUAAAACAGAAACCAACGCGGAAACGCUCUGCAAACAAGUGCUUUAGUAAAAACGGAAACGAAAUUAUUGCUUCCGGUGGCUUUUUGCUAUUCUGCUUUUCUGUCCCUCUCUUCCACACACACACACACUAUAGCAAACUGAAACACAUACACAAACACUUACGUGGACACAUAUGCAAGAAGAUAAAAAGAGAACAAUAGUAGGUAUUACAUUUAUAUUACGAUACACAUAUACUUUAGUAAGUGAAGGAGAAAAUAAAAAGUGUAUGAAACCUUAGAUAAAAGAUUCAAUUAAAAAUAAUGAA